GCCGGCAGCGGCGGCGGUGGCGGCGAGAAGCUGCGAUAACUGCCUUUUGGGCUGGUGGUGUGGCUUCGUGGGAAGGGCGUUGUUACUAACCCCCUUUCCAGGCAGCCCCCGGGGCUCGGGGCUGAGAGCGGCCGUGGUGCCGCCUCCCCGGGCCCCUUGGCUCCGCCAUGUUCCGCAGGGCACGCCUUAGUGUGAAGCCCAAUGUCAGGCCUGGUAUCGGCGCUAGGGGCUCCACCGCCCCCAGUCUCCCUCGUGGACCGGAGCGUCCCAGGUCGCCGGAGCCUGCAGCAGCCCCUGCUCCGCAGCCUGCAGCGGCCUCUGCUCCGAAGCCAGCGGAGCCCACAAAUGUGCCCCCAGUGGAUUUCGAGAGGGGGGCGCCCCAAGAAAAGGUUCCCAGGAGCAGUGAUGAAAAGACUGAUGGUGAGAAUGAUGUUGAAGAAUCCAGUAAGUCUUCCUCUACUGUUCCACAAAGAAGAAAACGAAUAUCAAGUACUUCUAGUCUGAUUAAACCUAGUGUCAGUGUUCCUUCAGAACCUCAUUCCUUAUCGACAGUUAAUCAAGAAGUUCCACAGCCAAGCCCCAUUCCAACAAAAGAAAAACAGCUGUGCUCAGACAGAUACAGAAUAUAUAAAGCCCAGAAACUGAGGGAAAUGUUGAAAGAAGAAUUGAGAAAAGAGAAGAAACAGUGGAAGAACAAAUAUGCUGUAAAUGAAAGUCAGAGGCCACCAGAUCGUUCAAAAAUGACAAUGAGAGACUUCAUAUAUUACUUGCCGGAUAACAAUCCAAUGACUUCUUCACUGGAACAAGAAAAGAAAACUGAAAAAUUGACACCAGUCCAGGCAAGAGAACAAGAAGGUAAGAGUACUACUGAUGCUGAAGAUAAUGAAGAAAUGGAAGAAGAGACUGAUGAUGGGCCAUUGCUGGUUCCUCAAGUAAAGGUGGCAGAAGAUGGUUCUAUUAUUUUGGAUGAAGAAAGUUUAACUGUAGAAGUUUUAAGGACAAAAGGCCCCUGUGUUGUUGAGGAAAAUGACCCUAUAUUUGAGCGUGGUUCUACAACUACAUACUCCAGCUUCAGGAAAAACUAUUACUCUAAACCAUGGUCAAAUAAAGAAACAGAUAUGUUUUUUUUAGCCAUCAGCAUGGUAGGAACGGACUUUUCUAUGAUUGGACAGCUUUUUCCUCACAGAGCAAGGAUAGAAAUUAAGAAUAAAUUUAAACGUGAAGAGAAAACAAAUGGGUGGAGAAUAGACAAAGCAUUCCAGGAAAAGCGCCCCUUUGACUUCGAUUUUUUUGCCCAUUUACUUCAGAAAGUUCUUGCUGAAGAAGAGAAAAGAAAACAAAAAUCAGUUAAAAAUCACUCUUUAAAAGAGAAGAAAUCUUCAAAACAAUGGAAAAAGGCAAAAGUGAAAAAACUUGCCAAUAAAGGAGUGAAUGAUGAUCCAGAUGAGUCUGUGAGUACUAAUAUUUCAGACACAGAAGAAUCUCAACAGGAUGUGCGGACAGUUGAAGAAAAACCACCGUCUCUGACUUUAUCGGAACAGGAUUCAGAACAGAUUGCAUUAGAACCAGAUCUAAAUCAAAAGAAAAGGAGAAGGGAGAAUGAAGAAGAAACUGAUGAACAGGAAGUAGAAAAUCUUUCAGGAAAUGCCACUGUUCAGUCAGACUCUUCUAUUGGAGAAGAACACAAGAAUGAAUUUCAGUCUGUAAGACCUGAGGUAAAUGAAAGUGAAUACAAUAAGGAACUGAAGCUUUCCUGCUUACAGAACAUAGAUGACGGUGUGGGCUUGUCUUCCAUUGAAAAAGUUGUGAAAAUAACUGACCCUGUCCUUUCAUCAAGUAGUCAACAGAAUGCCAUGAUACUAGCCACUGAGUCUUCAGAAUCAAGCGCUUCAGAUUUGCGUUCUUCAGAAGUUGAAACCAGAGCAUUGUCUGUGGUGAAUAAUGGUGAGAGUAAUUGUACAAAAGAAACAAAUGAUGACCUAAAAAGUAAAUCACUGGAAACUGAUCAAACAGAAAAUGUUAAACCGAUGGUGAGAGGACGACUCCAAAGACCUAAACCAAAUUUAUCGAGAGCAGUUGAGAAGAAAUCAGUUCUUUCACAAGAUAAAACAGAUGCAGAAAACAAGAGUUCACAUUCAGAAACUUCAGGUGCAAAGAAUCUUCCAGAGAAGGAUAAAAUGAAUACAUUUGACACUUUUGGAAAGGAGAAUACAGAAAGUGAAAACACAGAAGCCGAGAUUGUAUCUAAAUUGAGUGAAAAAAUAUGUUUGCAGGAAGAUAAUCAACCAAAGGCUUUCAGACCUGCACGACUAAUGAGGGGCCGGUUGCAAAGGCCAAAGCCAAAUGUAGGUAAAGCUGCUGAAAGAAAAGAAAUUCUGACAUCACAGGAACCAAUUGGGGCUGAUGAAAAAAGGAAUGAAAAGAAUUCCUGUAUUGGUAAAGAUACUUCACAACAAAUGGAAAAUCAGUCAUGUAAAACCUUUGAUUGUGGAGAUAUCACAUCACAGUCUGAGAAAAAAGAUACUUCAUUUCAAAAUGUGCAGCCAGAUGAACCCAAGACUCUUUGUGAAUGUCUAAGCAUUCAAGAGGAUAAUGAAGCAAAUACACACAAACCAGUCCCAAUUCUAAGGACUCAGUUUCAGAAACCAAGGCCAAAUAUAGGAAGAGGAACUGGAAUAAAAGACAUUUCUUCAAGGGAAGGAGUACCAGGGGAGAUUCUUGCCUCUGGGGAAAUGGAAGCAGCUUUGGGAGAAAUUGCAAGUCUGGAAACCUCACCAAGAGGGAAGGUACCAGUGGAGGCUAAUGCUAAGGAAAUGAAGGCAGAUUUAAAUGAAAUUGGGAGAAGAGACAUCUCUCCUGAGGAGAAGAUACCAGAAAGGAUUGACGCCACUAUGGAAGUGAAGACAGAUUUCAAAGGAACUGGAAGUGAGAUUUCCCCAGGGGAGAAGAUAGCAGAGGUGAUUGAUGCCACUGAAGAAAGAGAGACAGAUUUAGAAGAAACUGAAAGAAGAGAAAUAUCCCUGCAGGAAAAGGCCCAACAGGAGGUCAAGACUAUAAUUGAAAUGGAAAUAGAUUUAAAAGAAACUGGAAGAGAAAUUUCCCCAAGGGAGAAGAUACCAUAUGUAAUUGAUGCUACCGAGGAGAGAGAGACAGAUGUGAAAGAAACUGGAGGAAGAGAAAUAUCCCCAUGGGAAGGAGUGAUAAAAGAGGUCAAGACUGCAGGUGAUAUGGAGACAGAGUUGGAAGAAACUGAAAGAGAAAUAUCACCAUGGGAAAGGACUCCACAAGAACUCAAGACUGUAGGUGAAAUGGAGACAGUUAGGCAAGAAAUUGGAAGCAAAAUUUCCCUGAGAAAAAUGGUACUAGAGGAGGUCAGUGCCAUUGGAAAAAGAGAGUUUGAUUUGAAAGAAACUGGAAAAAGAGACAUUUCCUUGAUGCAGAAGGUAUCAGGAAAGACUGCCAUUGAGGAACUAGAGGGAAAUUCGAAAGAAACUGAAAUAGAAAUUUCCUUGAGGAAAAGAGAAUCAGAAGGGAUCAGUGGUACUGAGGAAAUAGUGGCAGAUUUGGAAAAAACUGGAAAUGUGUAUAUUCUUUCAAGGGAAAAUGAAGCAGAGGAGAUUGGUACCUUGAGACAAACUGAGACAAAUUUAAUGCAGAACAGUAGCGGUGACUGCAGCCCUAUUUCUUCACUAGAUAUAAAAAAUAUUACCAGUGAAAUACUGUCGGAGGUGCAUAUUUCUGUAGGAGAAAAAAGAAAUGCCGAAAAGGAAGUAUCAAGUCAGUUAAGUCAUUUGAAGAAUUCUUUACGGUCUUCUGAACUUUGUAAGACAGAAGACCAGCUGAUGCAAUCUCUAGAUGUUCAAGAGCAGUUUUCAGAUAUUAAUUUAAGCACAUCUCUUGUUCAAGAACAGAAACCAUUUGAAGUUAAACCAGCACCUUUUGUGAGAAGUCGAUUCAAAAGACCAAAACCAAAUUUAGCAAGAGCAGCGUUAAAGAGAGAGACUACAGAAGCAGAAAAGUGUGUACCUGGGAAGAAGUUAGAAACUGAUAAAAUGGAAACUGUUGUGAUGCAACAAAACAGUGAAAAAACUAAUGCACUUCCUUCUCAAGAUGAUGUGGCUUCCCUGAUGAUAUCAAAAGAAAAAGACAAAUCCUGUCACAGGAAGGAGGCUGUGGUAUUACCAUUUAUACAGACUGAAAAACUUUCACUUUCCAAAUCUUGUGAACCUAAAGAGGAGUCUCAGUCUGUACAAUCCCAGGAGAAAGAUUCAGUUGCUUCUACGGGGACUCAGUGUAUAAAUACUUCCCAAAGAGAAAUGAAGGAAAGUGUUAUCCAAACUGCCCAACCAGUAAGGGGCCAACUUCUGAGACCCAGACCAAACAUAAGAAAGAAUGAACAGGGACAAGUAGCAGAAAAAAGUGAAGCCAAAGGCAUAAUUAAGGAAGAAAGAAGAGUACUACAAAAAGAUGGUGCUAAAAAGAAAUUCUUCUCUGUGCCAAAUUGUCAGAUUAGCUCUGAAAUCGAAGUUGUAUCCUCCGAAGUUUCUGAAUGCAGAAUGUGUGAAAAUCAAAAUCCUGUAGUUCUUGUAGAAAACCUGCAUAUUAACAGAAGAAAUGCUUUAGAUGAAAAGAUAAGAGAUGAACAUAAACCUUAUAUUCCUAGUCCAGUACUGAUGUUAAGAAGGCAAUUCCAAAAGGCUAAGCCAAAUUUGGGAAGGGCACACAGUAAGAAAGAGGAAGCAGCUAUAGAAAAAGACAAAGCACAUCAGAGUGAGAUGAGAAAGCCAGAAGAUAAUUUGAUUCUGCAAGGAGAUUCUGACACCCAAUUCCUUCUAAAAAUAUUUCUUUUGAAAUUUAAGGAAAAAACUGAGCUUCUGGAAUCUCUAGAAGUUUCAGCAAGAAAAGAUGGUAUAAGUUCCAAAGAAACUGUUUUGGCCAAAAAUGAUGCUCAGUCAGAAGAACUUGGAACAUCAGGAAGUGUUGGAGAGAAAAUUCUAGAGGCUAAUUCUUUGGCUUCUGUUUUUGAAGAGCAAUAUCUCAAUAAACAAACAAGAAUUACUCUGGAUCGAAGAACAGCUAUCUCUUCUGCCUCUGAAUGUGAGACAGAUCAUAGUGAAAGGAGAAUACAUCGAAAGAUCAAACCAAAUGUCACCAAAGGGCGUGGAUCAAAACGAAUUCGGAGUAAGUGCUCUAAGAAGGAACCUAGAAGUUCUAAGUCCACACUGGUGACUCUUCGGGCUUCCCAGGAAGAAGAGGAUGAUGCUGCUGAAGAUUUUGAGUCUGAAUAUGAAGAAGAAAACUAUCAUCUUGCCCCAGAAGAAGUGAACAAAGCUCCAGUCUUUGUGCCUGUAGGUCUCAGAUCUCCUGAACCUGUUACUGCUCAAAUUGAGGAAACAAUGGAAGAGCUGGAAAUAACCGUGAAUGUCCCAGACGUAGCAUGCAUAGCUGUUGUUGAACAUCAGCUCUCAAACACAGAUGUGACCACUCAAGAGUUGAAACAAGAAGAAAAUUUGAAUGCAUUAUCAAUUGAAAUGACCACAGGAGACAAUACCCAAGAUGAAACAGGCGCCAACGAUGGAAGUACCGAAGCUGCCAUAGCUUUGCUUACAAUGGGGGAUCUAGUGUUGCAGUCGGAGAUCAGUACUGAACAGGGUAAUGGAGCAUGUGUACUUCCUGAUGUACUUUCAAAGGAUAAAAGCCAUAUUCCUUCUAGCUCAGAUAAUGUAAAGGAUGAAAUUGUUCAUGAAUAUCCAGAGUUUUCUUUACCUGCCAUUAGUACAACUGCUGCAUCAUUAGAAGAAAACAAGAUUGUAUUGGAGGAACAAAGUACUAGAGAAAAAAUUGAUUUAAUGGAGAAAGUAAAGAAAAAUGCUCCACCAACCAGGAAUACAACUCCUGAAGUGACCAAUAAUUUGAGACUAAGAAGUGGAUUUUCCAAGCCUAAGCCAAAUCCUAAGAAGAUUCUAGGGACCAGCAUGCUUGGUGCUCAUCAGGAAGUUCCCAGUUUGUUUGUAACCAAAGAGGAAGAAGUAGAAAUUCAAAGGGAAACUGAGAUAAAUGCUUCCAGAGGAACAGAAUUGGAAGAUAAUCACCUUGGAUCAGUUGUAACAGCAGAGAGUAAGGAGCAGAGCAAAUUGACAUGUGUACAUGAUAUCAAAGGGACCAGAAUUUCUCAAGAAAGAAACGUAAUUAAAAGAAAUGAUGAUCAAGAAGAGGGAUCUCAAGAGGUUCAGAUAUUGUCGGUUGCUCCAAUAGUUUCCUCUGAGACAGGGCCCCACACACUUGGUUCGGAUAGGGGUCUCAGUGAGGGUACUAUUGAAGAACCCCUGAGAAAGGACUCCAGUGGAGACAGUGUGCUUACACUUCAUGUGCCAAAGUGUACACCAACUAGUCCUCCAGAAGUCCAACAAGAGAAUGUAAUCAGUCCUCAAGACCUAACAGUGAAUCUAGUUGCUAAUGUACAUCAAAAUAGAGAAGAUGAGCAAGCAUUCAUUUUGACCCUGGUGGAAAUCCCAACCAAUGCAGUAGAAGAAUUUACUGAUACUGCUGCACAGUUAAUGCCAAACUCUUUACUGCCAGCACCCAUAUUGAUCAAAUCAGUGAAUACAGAAGAAAGUGACAUGAGUAUGAGUUUUCCAGUACCUUCAGUUGCUCAGAAUGUCAUGUGCUUAUCUGAUUCUGGAGGAGAUGAUUCUGAAAAGCCUCCUGAUAAUUUGGAUCUUAUAUCUAGGAAGAGAUUUCAUUGCAGGCUUGAAGAGAAGAACUGUGUUCCUCCUGCCAAAAAAAGUUCACUCACUUCAAGAGAUGGUUGUCAAGAAUAUACCUCUGAGGUGUGUUCAAAAAAAUUAAUAAAUGCUUUAGAGAAAACAGGAGCAUCUUAUAAGGGACAAGAUAUUUUUUAUACCUCAGGAAGCACAUAUACAACACCACAACCUCAGAAAAAGCAACUCAAACCCACUAUUCAGAGUAUAAGAACUAGAUCUCUUGAUAAAAUAGUAGCUACAUGUGCAGAAAAGAAUGCACCUCAGUUACCUGAGGAGGAGGUGAUUUUAUCUGAUAAGGAAGAAAGAACUGGUACUGCUUCUAAGUCUGAACAAAUAGAUAACAGCACAUCAUCUUCAAAAACUCUACUAUCCAGACCUGGCCGAAGACCCCUGGGAUUUUUAUCUUUAAUAUGUUCGAAGAAUAGUUUGGAGUCUGAGGAAUCAAUUCAAGUCCAUAAUAAGAAGCACCUAAAACCUCCAAUACCUAUAACAAGGCAAAACUUGAAAAGAUCUAACCCUCUAACUGAAAGUGAGGAAAAAGCCCCAAAAUCCUCUGAUCUGCUUCCGUCUCCAGGUAUUGUUAAUAUUCAGACCAAGAAUACUGGCAAUUCAGUAACUCAGGCUUCUAGCAAUCAGCCCUUACUGAAAGAAGCAUGUAAAAGUGGCAAAAACCGUUGGGCAUCUGAAAAGGAGCCAACAACAGUCUCUGAAUAUUUCUUUGGUGAUAUCUUUAUUGAAGUGGAUGAAGCAGAAUAAAACAAUUUUUUUUCCCGUCAAAUAUACAUCUACAAAGCAGUAUUUAGAUUAAAACGUUGUCUGUGUUUCUUCAGGUUAGUUUUGAAUGUUUAGUGGGCUUGGUUUUGAAGCUUUUAAAAUCAGUGGCAAACAUUGCUGAGGUUCGGUUCAUUCUGAUUGAUUCAGCAUUUUGGAAAUACCAAGCAAAUAGACUACUUUUUCAGACAGAAAUAGCAACUCGUUUACAUAUUGACUCUUUCUGUGCCUAGCACACAUGGACAUUUUGGAAUGUGGAUAAAUGUCUCUUUAUAUCUUUAUAUCAAUCAUAGUGCUGACAACAUAUUUGGAGGUUGAUUGUAUCUAACAUUUACUGAACUUCUUUUUGUGAAGAUUUUUCUUUCUUUCUUUCUUUUUUUUUGGAUGAUGAAGGCCUUUUCAGUUACGUCUAAGUAAAUGAAAGCAAGUUGUGAAACUCCAUUUUAGUGUGGUAAAUGUUAAAAAAUCUUUCUAUUAUUAGCUGUUGAUUGAAGAAUAUGUAUUUUUAUAAUGCAAGUUGAUGUAACAUUUGUCCUAAUUGAAGAUAUAAUAUUUAAACUUAUUUAUAAAGAUGAAACAUCAAAGAGCUUAUUUAUUUUUAAAUUUUAUUUAAAAGGAUAUUCAGUUUUAAUUGUUUUCACCUCUCAGAUUGUGGGUCCAGAAGACAUUAACAAAUUUUUUUUGUCUUUCUCUCUUUAUUUUAAGAUAUUUAAAAUGAUGUAACUAAAAGUGUUUGGGUAGUGUAUUUGCCUUGAAUACAUUUUUUUUUUCUCAUAGUUGUGUAUAUGGACUUUGUACUGUGAAUGUUUUUGUUUUUCUUAUUUCUUUUUCUAUUUCUUAGCUAAUCUUGACUUCAGGUAUGAAGCAUAUUUCCAUAGAAAACUCAAUCUCCUUUACAUCUGUACACACAUAUGCACACAUGUUCCUUUUUUAAAAAAACAGUAUGUUGAUAGUUUUUUCCCCAUUAAAUUCUGCACUUAAUCCUUAGGCCUUUAAGCAUAGAACUUAAUUGUAUUGUUUAUAUUGAAAACAAACCAAGAUAAUAAUAAUAAAUUCAUCAAUAUGAAUUUAAGGGUUAUUUUUAAUUUCAAGAUUUGGUGAUUUACAUCUGUAAUUCUAGUAUCUGUCCAAGCAAAUUUUUAGUGGUUCAAGUUAAACUUCUCAAAGAACAAUUAUUUAUUCUGAUUUUAUUUGAAAAGCCUCCUGGAUUAAUAAUACAUUAGACCAGGAAUCAGAAACAUUUUCUACAAAAUAUUUUCUGCUUUGUGGGCCAGCUGGUCUCUGUGACAUUGUCUCAACUCUGCCACUGUAGUGCAAAAGCAACCACAGACAGUACUUCAAUGAAUGGCCAUGGCUGGACUUGGCCUUAAUUUGCCAACCUCUGCAUUAGACAGUAAUUUUCUUACGUUAAGGUGCUAAAGUCUGUAUCUAUGAGUUAUUUGUCAUUGAUAUCAUGAAUUGUGCCUAAAAGUUAACUGUGUUUGCAUUAUGGAAGAUUAAUACUCAAUUAGGAAGAUGUUUUUUAAUCUAAAUAAUUGUGUUUGUAUAGUUCUUUUGUUUUUGUUUUUGUUUUUGUUUUUUAAUGGCGGCCAAUUGCCACUUUUCAAGUUUAUUAGUAAUAUAGGAUAUGGCUCAGCAAGUAUAAGUAAUGCUAAUUUAUUGAAACUAUUGAUAAAGCAUUUCUUGUUCACUUUUUGAUCACAAAAGAGGAUCUACAUAUCUGAGUGGAAAUUCUCUGUAGGAAUGCAUUUAUUUAUUUCAUGUGAUUAAUAUGUCACAAAAAAUCAUGGAAGUAAGUCACAUUCUGAAAAAAAGCUUAUUAAUUAGCAUUAUUUUGAGUGUUAGAUUGCUACAAUGAAAAAAAAAUACUUUAUCCCUUCUGUAAUUUUUAGUUUUUUUAACUUUGUUAACAUUGUUAACUUUAACAUUUGUCUCUUGUUUAUCUGUAAUAAAGUAAUUUUAUCCCUUGUGUAAUUUUUAUUUUUUGUUAACAUCUGUCUCUUGUUCAUCUGUAAUAAGGUAAUUUUAUCCCUUGUGUAAUUUUUAUUUUUUUUAACUUUGUUAACAUUGUUAACUUCGUUACAUCUGUCUCUUGUUCGUCUGUAAUAAACUAAUUUUGUGGAAGAUGUAAUUUCUUAUGUAUAAAGAAUGAUUUUAUAUUUGGAAAUUCAUUGUGUUAGAGAAUCAAGUCAGCCAGCUAAAUAUCCUACUGCUACAUCCUUAAGACUAAUCUUGGAAAAAAGAAACUUAAUCAGUGUAUUUACCUUAUAAGGUGGAAAGAGUUGUUGGCAACUAUGUUAAGUCCAAUUCAUAUAAAGAAGGUGUUGCAAAGAAUUUGUGUUUUAUAAGGCUAAAGGAGACAUGAUUAAAGGUCUUUAUCUUUUGACUUUUCCUCCUGAAUAGUUAUAUCUUAGCAACUGAUCGACAUGAUUUAAAAACCUAAUUGUUGAUAAAUGAUUGAGGCGCAAAUAAAAAUAUUAAUAUCCACUCUUUACCACCAUGUUCUUUAACAUAGAAAUGACAAUGUAUACUAUCUGGCUUGAAGAAGUCUGACAAAAAAGCAAUUAUCUAUUGUUUGUAAAUUUUCUUGUUCCAAAGAAAGCAGUUAUGUUCUAUAAAUUAUGUAAAUAAAAGUUAUUUUAUACCCUU